GUGCGAGUUUCCAAGGGAUGCUGAUGGUCUACACGUGUGGGCGACCUAGAAGAUCAUGAUCGCCUUGUGCGCUCCUCUGUUUUCUUUUUGGCUUUUCGAAGGGGCGGAAAGUACGCGAGAGGGUGACAUUGCAUUUACGUAGCAAGAAGCAACACCUCUUCUUCUUCCGUAGAGAUAAAAUCAGAUUAAAUGAGCAUCCUCGAUCGAGUCGUGUGCUAUAUAUACGCAGCUUGUUCGCCCUCUCAUCCAAGGCACUGCGAGAAGUAGCAGCGGCGGCGGCAGAAUAAGAACAAGAUGGAAGAGGUAACGGUGGCCGAAUCGAGGUUCAAGAGAGUGUGUGUCUUCUGCGGCAGCAGCCCUGGGAAGCGGAGCUCGUACCAGCACGCCGCCGUCGAGCUCGGCAAGGAACUGGUAGCGAGGAAGGUGGAUCUGGUGUACGGCGGAGGCAGUGUGGGCCUCAUGGGGUUGGUCGCCGAAGCUGUUCACUCCGGCGGCGGCCAUGUCAUCGGGAUCAUUCCGCGGACCCUGAUGCGCAAAGAGUUGACCGGAGAGCAGAGGUUCGGGGAGGUGAUGUCGGUGGCGAGCAUGCACCAGCGCAAGGCCGAAAUGGCCCGUCACUCUGACGCCUUCAUCGCACUCCCUGGCGGCUACGGAACGCUCGAGGAGCUGCUCGAGACCAUCUCCUUCGCUCAGCUCGGCAUCCACCGGAAGCCCGUUGGCUUGCUCAACGUGGACGGCUACUACGACUCUCUGCUCGCCUUUAUCGACAAGGCCGUGGAGGACGGCUUCAUCCAGCCUUUCCAGCGCCACCUCUUCGUUUCCGCCCCCAAUGCCAAAGAUCUCGUCCGAGAGCUCGAGGAAUUCGCCCCCGUCGACGACGCCGUGGUUUCCGAGCUCAGCUGGCAGCAGGAGCAAGUGGGACUCAACUCCACUCUCCAAGCUGAGAUCGCCCGGUAGCAACCGUAGAAUGUGUUCCGAUACUCCGAUCAUGUUUUGUCGAGGGGGAAACAGAAUCAAGCGUUCCCUCCCGCCAUGAAUCCCUUCUUGUUCCCAGCUUUUGCCAUGGCAAAUACAGUCAAUUUGCAUGUUCUUGCUA